AUGAAAUGGCGGAAGAUAAGAAAAUUCUAUUUAGCUAGGUUAACAUUUAGUUUUCUAUUUGUGGUGUUCUUGUCUAUUUACGUGUUGACAGCCGUUGUGAAGACGUGUGAUGGUAAAUAUUCUAAGAAAUACGAUGUUCCAAACGAGCUGUGUCAGAAACAAUCACUACUCGGAAAUAUUUUAGAAGACAACCCCAUCGAGUUUGAGAAGUGGGUCUUACUUGCGAUUACAAUUUUUGAGAUCGUACGCAAAUUAACAGGUAUCACAGGCUAUUCAAGUAUUUAUCAAUAUUUCACUACUUUUGAGAAUUUAUUAGAGUGGUUUGUUUUACUUUCUGUGUUCUUGCUAUAUGAUAUAGAACACGAUUAUGGCUGGCAAAACCAUGUAGAAGGGUAUGCUGUUUUAGGAGCUUGGACAAACUUAAUGUUAAUGAUGGGUCAGCUGCCAAUGUUCGGGGAUUACGUCGCUAUGUAUGAAAAAGUUUUGACAGAGUUUUUGAAGUUGUUAUUGGCCUAUAUUUGUCUCUUGUUUGGAUUUGCUAUUUGUUUCCUUGUUGUUUUUCCGAACGAAGAAAUGUUUUCAAACCCCCUAAUGGGAUUAAUCAGUACGUUAUCUAUGAUGGUAGGAGAACUAAAUCUAAAUAUUUUAAUCAAUGAUCCCCUUCGUGACGACCCACCGCUUAUAUUUGAAUUGUCUUCACAAAUUAUUUUCAUCCUAUUUCUAAUGUUUGUAACGAUAAUCCUUAUGAAUUUAUUAGUUGGUAUUGCAGUCCACGAUAUCCAGGGUUUAAGAAAAACAGCGGGUCUUUCAAGGCUUGUGCGACAAACUAAGUUGAUCUUAUUUGUAGAGAUGGGUAUGUUUAGUGCAUUACUGCCGACGUGCCUUCACAAGUAUAUAUAUAGAACCGCUUUGGUAUCUCCAGAGGCUGGUAAAGUUAUCCUGAGUGUGAAACCUUUGAACCCACGAGAGAAAAGAUUGCCGACAGACAUAAUGAUGGCGGCGUACGAAUUAGCGCAGUUAAAUAAGCUAAAGUCCGGGACUUCCAUUAAAGAGGUGUUAUAUAAAAACAAAUACCACUCGAAAUUCAAACAAGACGGACAGACAGACCAUCAGUUUAAUAUAGAGAUAAGAGGAAUGCAAGAGAAGAUAGAUCAGACAACCUUCAACUUGAAGAAAAUCGAUCAAGAAAUGAGACACUUAAAUACAUUGCUGAUGGAACAGCAGCACUUGCUGCAAAAUCUCUUCAAAAUGACGGAUAGAUCUCACUUUCAUUCGCCGCAGUUUCAUCCCGAAUCACCCGUCUUUUUUCAGAGCUCAAAUGCUUCUGAUGUUACUUCUGUAAUUAAGUAG